AUGUACAGCAGCGUAGCCCAACGAUUGCGAAGCCGAGGCCCUGCCAGAAUCGGCCAAAUUGAACAGCAUUAUCAAGUCUAUGACUUUGCGUCCUUCAUCAUGAUUUUUAAUGAAGUUUUCGUCAGAGAUAAGCAUUACUCCAACUUCGGUAUGGCUAAUUCUCUGCCGAUCAGUAAUGAGAUCGGACGCGGCAGCCAGUUUAGCGUUCGACUCCUCCGGUUGCCUGACUAUAUGCCGGUCCGUACCUCAGAUGACCCUUCAUCAAGACUUACAGCCGGAGCAGAGAUAGUUCUGAAGUGGCCAAACCUCGAAAUAGCAGACAACUUGGAUGAGCAAAAUGUCAUCAAGUCGAUUACCACAGAACUCUUAGUCAUCUCCCAUCCCGGACUCAGAGAACAUCCUCGCAUCUUGGAUGUCUAUGGGUUCGCUUGGGACAAGCAAGUAAUAAGCUCAGGGGAGUCUGUGCUACCUGUAAUCAUGGUAGAGUAUGGGGAAUAUGGGACACUUACUCAGUUCCUUGGCCGCAGGCAAAAGGUCGAUCUUGAUACCAAGCUCAUGCUUGCAAGUGAUAUUGCGCAUGCUGUGCACGCCCUUCAUCAGAACGGGAUUGCACACUCAGACCUCAAACCCGAAAAUAUACUAGUAGUCCAUCAUGACACCGAGCUCAGGCCAGUGGCUAAGCUCGGUGAUUUUGGUCUUUCUAUUUUCCUCGAUCAGCAUGACUCCACGAAACCAUGGACUGCAGGGACACGUCCGUGGAUGGCCCCAGAACACAUGACACCAGUCACGACAGACCAGCUUAUCAAGGCAGAUAUUUAUAGCUGUGGGUUGAUUUUGUGGUCAAUCAUACUCGAUGGGUUGCCACCUUGGAAACUCGAGGCCUUUGAAAACGAUAGCCUCCGUGAGCUCUUCGAGCUUGUCAAGAAAAAUAAUAAGAUGCUUAUUUAUCUCGAGGCCUUUGAGAACCAUAGCCCCGAGGAGCUCCUAGAGUUUUUCAAGAAAGAUAUUCUGCAGCGCCAGAUACUACUGGCUUUUGUCAACAUCUCAGGUCGAUCAGAAGGUGAGGCUGCUGAGGCUCACCACGCUGCCGCCAUCAUGAACCUCCUCAGAAUCGGGACAGUCGCUCCAAGCGCUCCAGGAUCAGCAGAGUACACCGGGUACCAUAUAGAUGCAGCAGAGGUUCUUAAGCUACUCGAGUCUGCCGCAAACGAGAAUACUAUCUCAAAGGGUUCACCAUCCUCGCAAGCGAUAUAUCAUCGGGUGAGCAAGGCGUUAGAGACACCACAUGCGAGAGACAGUAACGUUUUGACCACGAUCCAAAAUGUUCCAAAAAGCAACACAAUCUCUAGACACACAACCAUUCAGUGGCUGAAGCGAGCAACAAUGAUGGGCUCACAUGUUGCAUCUAGUACCCUCCGAGAACUAGAUCCCAAUGCAUGGAGAGAGGCACUCUCAAUAUUUCGAACUGAGUAUUGCGGUGUCGGACACAAGCUCCUCGAAAAUUCAGUAUACAAAGCGGAAAUCACAACGCAUUCCUUGUUCUCGGAUAGAUCCAGUAUACCUGAGUUUGAGACUAUCCAAGAGUCAGGAGACACCCCUCUUCAUAUUGCUGCUACCGUUGGCAGGCUUGAUAUCAUACAGCAUCUUGUUCAAGAUGGACCGUGUGCGUUAAUCAACACGCAGAAUAUUAGAGGCGAGACUGCCCUUCUUCAAGCCACUCGGUCAGGAAACUAUGCUAUAGUAGAGUAUCUCAUAGCAGCGGGGGCCAGUGGCAACAUCCUGACGGACAAUUUCGAAUCUCCUCUUCACUGGCUCUGCGCGUUUGAAGAUAGAGAUGAAGAUGAAUUGUUUCAGCUGGCUUUAGCGUUAUGCCAUAGUGGAGCAGAUAUUGAUGGAGUUUGUGCUCCCAAUACUGUCUUUAAUGAGCACUUUCGCGAAACUGUUGGUGGUGGAACACCUCUCUGCCGUGCAGUACAACGCGACUCAUACAUAGCCGCCAAAGUGCUGAUCAAUCUAGGAGCGGAUCCAUAUAAAGACAGAGGAGUGGGCGACCACAGCAGGGCACCUCAUGCAGCUGCACUUGCUUGUUGUGCGCACAACUCUCGUAUGCUGCUAUUGUUACUCGCCUCCGACAUACCAAUUCAACCUCCUAAGUGGUAUGGAAAAGCUGGUUUAUUUGACCCCCAGUAUACUGGAGAAGCUUUCAAGGCAUACAUGACCGGAGAAUCCACAAUACAAUCCGCUGCACCUAAUGUUUGGAAAUCAAUGACAGAACGAGGUGCUCAGAGCUCUUUGCUGGGAUAUGCAGUAAAUCCAGAUCCGCUCCAUUAUCGGAUGGCACUACACGGGGAAUCUUACUUACAGCAAAUGCAACUAACUAUAGAUAUACUGGCAUCGGCCAAGUCACAGGAGUUUGAACGUGUCACGUUCGACUAUGCGUCUGCGAUCAAACAUUCUAUUCUCAGUAGAGACAUAUCAAUAGUCUCACAUCUCCUGGCCGCCUACCCCGAGCAGACAGUUCCCGAACUGAUUAACCCUGUUCCAUCAGGGAUGCAUCUGCGUUUGCCUGCUCAGCUUGCCCUCGCCUUCGGCGAUAGGCCUAUUUUCGAUCUUCUUUUAAGCUACGCAGGCCCAGACACUCAGGUGUCUCCGACCAAGAUGCAAGGAAUGACGGAUAACUGGCUCAGCCAAGGGCUCCUCUGGCUUUUACGUCCAACAUCAACUAUUGCAUCUGAGAAGGUCAACAGAACAACAAAGAGCGCGAUUCAUUUGGCAGCCUACGCUCAUCCCGAUCCGCACUUUAUGAAUGCUUUAUUAAGCAAUCUCUCUUCCUCAGAUGCGCGCACGCUCGUUAAUAGCCAUGGCAAAUUAUUGGACGAGGUCCCUCUGUCAAUAGCUUUGCAAAAUCAGCAUUUCAAUGUUGCAGAUGUACUGCUUCGGUACGGUGCCAAUAUUGAAGAAGAAGCAUCCAACAUUGGUCAUAAGCCUGGCCAAAGCACUACGCCUCUUGGAACAGUAAUAACUUUUAAUAAUAGCGGAACAAUGGGAGCCGUGGAAUGGCUUCUUCGACAUGGUGCAUCCAAUAUUGUCAACAAAGAGUAUGGAAUUACGGCCUUGAUGACUGCAGUAAGAGCAGGGACCAUGUAUGACAUUUCAAGGACAGGUGCACUUGUCCCUACAAGACUUUACGACUUAGAGCUACCAGUUCUUGAGAGACUUCUACAGCAUUUCUGCACCCCAAGAGAUAUCGACCACAAAGCCGAUGGAGUGGGAGGUACGACAGCGCUUCAUUGGGGAGUGUUAAGGCUAUGCCCUGAAGCCGUCAGCCUCCUGCUAAGGUCGGGCGCAGAUAAAAGCUUGACAGCCGAAUUUGCGAGACCAGCCACAGCAAAGGAAUUGGCGGAAGCACUGGAUGAGGAGGCUAUCCCUUCUGAGGCGAAAGAAAGAGGACCAGACGAGAUUGAAAGAUAUCUAGAGAGGUUUAAUCUGCUACAGCAGAUUUUUGCAUUAGAAGAUGCAGGGAUAUAG